UCUGGAAACGGGAGCGAGACGACACCUCGGAGUGAGCUUGAUCCGAGCCGAGCUGUGCCGCUGGGAUGGCGGACCGCGCCCCGCUGCUCGAGUACGAGGAAGGUCCUGCUGUCACAUUCCCUCCUUGGGAUGGCUCCAGCCCGGCUCCUGGGAAUGCCGCCGGAUCAACGGCCUCACCGCGCGGAGCUGCCGACAGCUGGAGCCCGGAGUCGGAGCCGGAGGGGGAUGCGGCCGCGGCUCCGGGAGCUCAGCAGCAGGAAGAGGAGGAGCAAGUGGUGGCCGUGUUUGUGGUGACUUUCGACACGAGAGCAGGUAACAUUAUUGAAUGGUGUCUGCCACAUGAAGUGGAUUUGGAAGGGGUCGAAUUUAAAUCCAUGGCCAGUGGAUCUCACAGAAUAAAUUCUGAUUUUGUCUACUUUCGAAAAGGUAACUACUUUGGUAUGGCAUGCUUUGCCAACAUGCCUGUGGAGAGUGAACUGGAACGAGGCGCUCGAAUGAAGUCUGUUGGAAUACUGUCCCCAUCGUAUACACUCCUGUACAGAUACAUGCAUUUCCUGGAGAAUCAGGUCAGGCAUCAGCUUGAAAUCCCUGGGCAUUAUGCACAAUUAGAAGCCUUUUAUGAAGACAAGAAAGGUGUUUUACCAACAGCGAUGAGCAGCAAAGGAAUUCCUACAUCCCUUCAGCCCCUUCACUGGUUGCCACCUGUUAAUAAGUACAUGUAUCCAGAAAUGAAGAUCACACAUCCUGCAGGGUGCAUGUCACAGUUCAUCAAGUUUUUUGGGGAGCAGAUAAUGGUUCUUUGGAAAUUUGCACUUUUAAGGAAACGGAUUUUAAUUUUCUCUCCCCCUCCCGUUGGAGUGGUCUGCUACAGAGUUUACUGUUGCUGCUGUCUGGCCAAUGUUUCACUGCCUGGGAUCAGAGGAGUGCCUGAAACCAAGCCUUACUUCUACAUCAGUGUAGCGGAUAUUGAAACUCUGGAGACAGAAGUAUCUUAUGUGGCAUGCACAACAGAAAAGAUUUUUGAAGAAAAAAAAGAUCUAUAUGAUGUUUACGUUGAUAACCAAAACGUGAAAGCAGACCGUGAGCACCUGCAGCAACUACUUAAAAUAAACAGUGCAGAUAAGGACAAGUAUCGUAAGCUCAAUGACCAGAGGCAAAUGCUACUUUAUUCUCAGGAAGUAGGGGGAGACUGCAGUACCAAUGAAGAAGACCUGUUCAUUCUGUUUUUCAUGGAACAGAACAAUCGAAUCUUCCAGCUGUUGCUGGAGGUUUCAGCAUGCCAAGAUAAAACACUGACAGCUGACCAUGUGAGGAGUAUGGGGCUGGAUCCCCAGGGGGAUCGCAUCUUCCUGAUGGACUUGCUUGAAGUUUAUGGCAUUGAUGUAAUGUUGGUUAUUGACAAUCCUUGUUGCCCAUGAUCCAAGUGAACUUUGACUAACAAACUGCUAUAUGAACUGGGAAGGACCAAGACAGGAGGUUUGUAUGGAUGCAUAGAGUUUGAAAAAAAAAUAAUUAAAACCAAGUGCACUUGUAUCAUGACUUGCCACAAUCUCUUGAUUGUGCCCAGGUCAGUUCAUGGGUCACUUGUUCUCCUGCCUCUUCAGUUAUCUAUGUAUUUAAAGAUUUUUGGAGAACUAAUGGGAGAAAUUAAUGGUUUAACUGGAAGAAAAACACUUCGAAGGAAAUUUUAUUUAUUUGUAGUUUUUGAUUUUUCCUUUGACUUUUUUUGCCAUUUGCGAAUGUGUUGUACAACUAUCAGCUGUGAAUUAGCACAUAUGCAUGAAUGCAUUCAUAUGAAUUUAUUUCUAGUACAUCAGAGACUCCAUACUACACCACUGUGAAAUGUAGUGAGCCUUCCCUGUUUAUCAGGUUUCAACUAAAAUUGCAUUCUUCUUUUCAGUAAGUCCUCAGUUUGAUUUUCUUUAGCUGCUCUGCUUAAUGGCUUGCAAUGGCCCAUUCACUUUUAAACUUGGGGUUUUGUUUUCUAGAACAGGCAUUGAAAAUUGUCCCUUUGCACAACCUUUAAGACUUAUUGGCUGUGAUAGAUGACUUUGAUGUUCCACAUGAAAACAAAUUUAAUCAUUAACUGUAUGUCCCAUGACAAUGUGCCAUUAUUAAUUUGAAAUGCAAGGAAUGAAAGGAAGUGUCUGAUCCGGAAUAGUUCUCUCUGGUGACAGAACCAUCUGCAAAUUCAUGUUAAACACAAAUUCAGUGAUUGUUUUCUAUGUUUGACUGCAUCUUACAUCUUGCUGUUAAACAGCAGCUACAAGGGAAAGUUGGAGCCUAUUUAUGGAGUGAUCACUAUUUUAAGUGAGAAAAGGUUUCUUCAGCGCUACCUGUAAGGCAGGGUUGCAUGGAAUAGUUUGCAUGCUUUUCAUGAAGCCUUUGCAUCGUAAGCUGUUUGCUCAGGAUGAGACAUGGUAUUGCUGUACUCCAAACCGUGACCUUCAUCUUUAUUUCGAAUUCUUUGAAAUGUUUAUGCUGCUUUUGGUAAUCAUUUAACAAGCAGAAAAAUUAACAUUAAAUUUCAAAUACAUUUGAAAAAAUAAAUUUUAAUGGUACUUAGAAUGUACAAAAUAGAAGGACUAAGUAAAGUUUUGAAGAAAGCUAUGGAGUUAGAAAGGAAAAUGAUAACGAUUGUUAAAAUAGUUGCAGAAAUGUUGAAGCUUAGCUUAAAAGAAAAUGCAGUGUGAAGGAAUGGUGGAGGUACAAAAUAAGUAUGCAUCUCUUUUUCUGUGUUUUUGUAUGAAUGAGAGGGUAAGAUGAGGCUGCUGAGCUACUGGAGAGGACAAGAGAUUGCUAAGAAAAGCUGGUGAAACUUAACAAUAAAUCAGUUACAGACCCGUUUGGCUAGCAUUAAAUGUUGACAAGUUUUGAAAGUUGGACAUGCAUACUCAUCUAGAAGUAUGACAGAUGUGCUCAAAAUUGAGGGCUUUGAUGUAGAAAAAUGACGCAAGCUAUUUCAGCUGUUUGGUGAAUCUGUAGCUAGAAGAUAUUAAAUUAGGCUGAUCAAAAAGAAUGAGGUUAGUUUUUGGGGACACUUUCUAAUUGUGCUUUAGUAUGUAAAAAUCCAAAUUGAAUAUUAAACAGAGAAAUGAAUAUAUGUUUUAAAGGACAAUUGGAUGGAAUAUAAUGAUGGUUGAGAGAUACAGGGCUGAUUUGGAGUGAUUUCUUUGUUCUGUAAAAAUUGGAGUUUAAUAUACAGAUUGAAUAAAGAAGAAUAGUUAUGUACCUGCAGGGUAUACUCUUAUUCUUUAAAAGUGCUGUAUGAUAAUAUAGAAAGAAGGCUUUUCAACUUCAAAUAAUUAUCUAAUUUCUUUAUCUUGUAUUCACUCACAAAUGUGUAAUUCAGGUUGCUUCAGAAGAUUAUCACAAUGUAGAGAGUGGAAUAUUUUAUCACAAGUGACUCUUUGUGUAAUUGAGAGAUUUCUUUUUCCAUUCUGGAGAUGAUUGAGUUUAAGCUGCCGUAAUAUGAAUCAGGCUGUCAAAACAAUUCACUUACGCAAAACCUUCUCGGUUUUCAAACCUCUCUCGGGAUUCAAGGGAUUUUAAAAUUUUCCAGUCAACGCAGAUUCUCAAUCUUUCAAGCCUGUUGUAAUCAAUAUUGUUUCAUUUACUUCGACAAUUUUAAUGGAUUUUCACCAAAGU